AUGAGAGUUUUACAUAUCCAGGAGUUUGCUGACUUGCGAAAAAUGAAUUUCAAGAAAAUACCAUCCCUUUUAGUAGUUUGCCCCAGAGUGAUUCAGGAAGUGAAUCGGAUGAUUUCCUGGCAUUGUAUGUCUUUGUUGGAGGAAGAUUUCAGGUGUUUCGAAAGGGAUAAGAAAGUUGUCGCUCUCUGGAAGUGUGCUUUUUUAGCCUGUUUAGAUGAGACUCCCACUAAUGGAGAAUGGGAGAUGAAUGACCUCAAGAAUGAAUUAGAGGAAGUGUUCUACCUUAGGUUGAUGAUGGCCCGGUGUGAGCAUGCAUACAUGUCUGUGCAUCUAUGUUCCUCAUGUCAAGUUUCCCUGGUGGUAUCUCAUUUGUUACUUCUUUCGGUCAUUUACUUCUUUCAGCUAGAUGAGGUGAUUGAAGCUGAAAAGCAAGCAGCAAGGGACUUGCUUCGUGAAAAGAAGAAAGAUAGGGCGUUGCUAGCAUUGAAGAAAAAGAAGGUUCAAGAAGACUUAUUGAAGCAAGUUGAUGCGUGGCUUAUUAAUGUUGAGCAGCAAUUGGCAGAUAUUGAAUUGUCAAGCAAGCAGAAGGUGGUCUUUGAGAGUUUGAAGGCUGGUAAUAAUGCUAUCAAAUCAAUACAAAGCGAGAUCAACUUGGAGGAUGUCCAAAAAUUAAUGGAUGAUACCGCCGAAGCAAAAGCUUAUCAAGAUGAAAUUAAUGCAAUCUUGGGGGAAAAACUAUCAGCAGAAGACGAAGAGGAAAUCUUGGCAGAAUUUGAGACUCUUGAAACUCAGAUGACCCUUCGAGAUCUGCCAAAGGUUCCUGCUACAGUCCCAUCUCCUGAGGAACAGGAAGAAAUGUUGGACCUUCCUGAUGUGCCAACCAAAGCACCGACUGCUACUGAGGUGGUUGCAGAUGAUGCUCAAGUCACUUCAGCUGCGAAGAAAGGUCACUCUCUCUCUCUCUCUCUCUUUCUCUCUUCAAAUCACUUAUCUUUUUUUUUCCUUUCUCAAUUACACAGUUAUGGAGGAGCCAUUACCUGCCUGAUGCAGAAAGCUUCUGGCACUGGUUAUAUGACUUAUCACUGGUGCCAUUGGAAUAUGAUAUUCACACUGCCAUAG